AUGCUAGAGAGGAGGAUGGUGGGGACAUUGAGGCUUGGGGCGCGGCAGUGCAGCCAGCUCUUCCAAGCCACGCAGCCGCGGUUUUCGACCAAAACCGAAGAAGGCCGUUCCUUCCGCCGCUGCCAGCGUCGGUGGUACCAGUGGCGACGUGCAGCGCUCCAUCAAUUCUGGGCGGCAGCAGCCCCCCGGAGGGAAGCGCCGGCGAGCCGCGGCAUCGGAACCAUCCUGGCAGCUUCUUCGUCGCUAGCUUCUGGUGGUGGGGGGUCGUCGGCACGGAUAGUGCCCGGGUUUCCAAGUUCUGCGGCGGGAGGGAAUGGGGCGGGAGCGGGGUCGAAGAGCUUGCCGAGGCCCGGCUCGAGCUUCAUCGCUACACCCGGGAGCUCCCUCAAGGCUAGUGGUGCUGGUGGUGCGGAGAAGCGUUCGGGCGGCACCGGUCUCCAGAACGGUGGCGUUAGCGGCAAGGAGCUGGCGGAGGCCUGCGGGGCUGCUGGCGCCGCCGGGAAGAGGAGCAAGGGAAAGGACAAGGACAAGCUGGAAAAGGCGGUCAAGAUGAAGGCGGCGGAUGCAGCGAGGAGGAGGAGAAAAGCUCUAUCGGAGGCCGGCGGGGCUCCUCCGCCGCCCAAGCAGAGCAUGAAGGUGGUCUUCAAGGACGGGAAGCUUGUGGUCAACGACGCUGAUCUGAUCGUGGAAGGCGCCAGCGGCAUCGACGACGAGAACCGAGAAGAGGUGGACGAGGACGAGACCACAGCGGCGACGGCGAGCUCCUUCACCAACCGCGAGACCGCCAUGCGGUGGAAGCCCCACGACAUCAUCAAGUUUUACAGGGGUAUCCAGAUGUACAACCUGUCGUUCGACCAGAUGGCCAAGACGCUGUUUCGCGGGGAGCGCACCCAGAAGCAGCUCAAGAAGAAGUUCGAGAAGGAACUUCGGAACCACCCGGAAAUGGUGCAUCGCGCCCUCAGGACCCAGAUCAACAAAGACCACCCUUACUUCUCGAAAGAUCCGCCGCCGCUGCCUACCUUCGAGCCCGAACCGAAAGAAAAGGUCCGGAAGACUAGGCAGGGCGCCAAACGAAAAGCAGCAGCGGGCACAAGAGGAGCAGCAGCAGUGGGGCAGAAGGGCGGCGGCCCGCCGGCUGCCGGAAAGAAAACCUCCUCCUCCUCCUCCUCCUCGAGGAAACCCAAGGGCAAGGGUGGCCCCGGCAGCGCCGCUGCAGCCGGCGCUAGCGAUGAUGAUGGUGAUGACGAGGAGGAAGGAGGUGGGGGAGAGGGAGAGCAGCCCCCGGUGAAAAAGAGGAAGAAGCGGGCUCGCGGCACGGCGGCUGCCGCCGCCGCGAGAGAACGGCGAACGGCCGCCUCCGCCGCCGCCGCCGCCGCCGGAAAGACAGGGUCCGCCGCUGCUGAGGAGGAGGGAGGGGGGGGCGGUGGAUGUGGCGCAGAGGAGGCGGGGGGGGUAUCGAGGGAGAGGCGGCCGUACCGCGCGGUGCGCGACCACCCCCGCGUGGCCGCCGACGCCGCCGCUGUUCAUUCCGAUGACGGACGCGAGACGACGGUCACGGACGACGAGCAACAAGAGAGUGACGGAGAGGAAGGGAGCGGAAGCAGUGAGGCUGGCGGGGGCAGCGAUGAGAGAAGGGGGAAGGCUGCUGUUGCCGCUGCUAUGACGACGGUCGCUCGGAGCGGCGGCGGCGGCGGGGGCGGCGGCGGCGUCAAGCGGAUACGCGGCGACGACGUCGCCGGCACCACCGGCGAGCGGGACGAUGACGGGCCAAAUCCCCCGCGCGCCGGAAAGAGACCAAGAGGUACAAGCGCGGCUGCCAACGAAGACGGCGGCGGCGGCGUUAGUGGUGGGUCAACCACGAGUAGGAGCGGCGGCUGCCGUGAGUCACGGCGAGAGGAGGAGGGUGGGGCAGACCCCGACGCGCGUGCCAACGGCGCUGCGCGGGCGGCGGGAGAGCAGCAGCGGGAAGAGGAUGAAGUGGACGGCCCCAGGAUGUCCGUCUCGGCACGUAUGCCCGGGAGGCGGAGAUAG